AGAGAGAAGAACAGAAAGGAAGAAGGGAGUUUCCAGCAUCUGUAUUUGGUUAGCCGAUGAGAUGUUGCAAAUGGGCAAAUUUUCUUUUUAUCAUUUGAGUUAAUGGCGAUGGCCACCAGCAGCCACGUUGAAAUGGGUAAAGCUUAUCCAUCAAUGAUCAUCUGCUGCAUGAGCACCAUGCAGAUACUGCCAGAUCUCCCUCUUUGUCUCUCUCCUCUUUCCUACGCGUGUCAUCAACUAAUACUUCUUAUUUCCACCACCUUCUCAAAUCUCAACUCGACGACUAUACUCUCUCGCUUUUCUCUCCUCCUACAUUAACCCAUUACAGGAUUCAUUGAUGCCCGCCGUUAAACCUCUAUAAUCAGGAUCCAAAUGACUUCUUUACAAGAUUUUUAAGGCCCUUACAAUACGGUGGUUACCUGUAACAGAGAAUGCCUCUAAACUAAAUGGAAGACCAGGCUAUGGAGUGGGAGAACCGGGGAUAUGAAGGAAACAGUGGAAAGGUGAGCUGGAUUUUUGAUAAAUGAUUGGCUUUCGGAAAGAAGAUGUUGAUUACUGGUUUUGUCUUAUCUUCUGCACCAGUGGUUCUUCCACCUCUUGUUGUUAUCUCAGCACUUGGGUUUGCUUGUUCAGUCCCCUAUGGACUUUUCUUAGCAACCUAUGCUUGCACUGAGAAGAUCAUGAAUAAAUUACUUCUAAGUCCCAGAAAUCCUAUUAUCGUGGAAGAUGGUCUGGAAAAAUAUGGAGGAGAAGAUGGAAAGUUUGGGGGAAAUAAUGAUAUGGAAGAAGAGGAAACAGAGCUAAAAAGAAUGGCUGACAUGAGGUUUGUGCCGGAUGAGAAGGGAAAUGAGGAUGAAGUGAAUGUUUUGAAGGGUUACAUUUAUGCUCAAAAGGGAAUUGAGGAGGAUGAGAAAGAGUUCUUGAAUAAUAAGGAUGAAACUGUGGAGAAGAAUGGAUGUGAUGUAGAUGUCAAUGAGGAUGUAAAAAAAGAAGAAGAAGAAUCAUCAAAAGAGAUUGAGAUGCAAAUUGAAGGAAUAAGGGAAAAAGGAGAAAGAAGAUCCACCAGUAGCAAAAAACAUGGAUGCAGCAGAGGAGACAUGUGGAGUUAUGAUAGUAAUUGAGGGAAAGGAGAACAGUGGCAGCAAUACUAAAGAGGAGGAGGUACCAUUUGAAGUAACAAAUGUGGCUGUAGAAUUAUGUCAGGGAGGAGAUAAUGAAGACAAUGAGGAAUUAAUGAGGGAGACUAGAAGACUAGUAGAAAAAAUUAGGGAUGAGGGUAAAGCUGAUAAAGGAGUGGAAAAAGACAAGCAGAGUGCAGAAGAUUUGCACAGUGGUGUAGAGGAAGGGCUAACGGAAACCAAUAGAAAUGUCAAAGAAGCCACAACACAGUUAGGAGAAAGAAAUGCUUAUGGCCAGGUUGGCAUAGAGGCCAGGACAAUUGAUCGCAGAAUAGAAGAAAAUGGUGACAAGGUAAAUUUACUUGAAACUGUGGAGGUGGAAUGGAAGGGAGCUACAGAAAGAGCACCUGUUGUCCCAAAGGAACAAGUAUUUGGCAAAAGAGCUGAUGAUAACAUUAAAGAAGAGGAGAAGUCUGCAGGAAGAGCACAGGAACAUAUGGUUAAACAUGGCAAACUAGAUCAUCAACUCAAUAGGGAUGAGGAGAUUACAAUUUCUUCAAAUGUAGAUGCAACAGAAAUUGCAGAUGAAAGUGCAUUCAACUUGUUUGAUGAUAAAAAUGCAGCUGACCUGCAGAAUUCCUCUGUAGAUUAUGGAACGCCAGAAGGGAGUGAGCAGCCAGGUUACAAACUCAAAGAAAAUGCUGAUUCCUUGGAACUCACUAUUCCAUCAAGGGAACAUGCGCUGGAACAUAGUGGAAUUUUUGAUCAGGUGCCUUAUAGUGAGGAGAAUAUAUGGAAACAAAUUGAUGCAAUGCGCACAAUACUGGGAUAUACAGCUGCACGGCAUAGGACAUGUAUUGAGGAGGUUAAGGCUCUUUACAUUUUCACUGGAGUUGAGCCACCUGCCUCAUUCAAGGAUUCCUCUGAUCUGGUGGAAGUCGGUGAUAGACUUAGGUUUCUAAUGUCCAUUGUUGGAGUAAAAUAAACACUUAGUUUAUCGGUAUAUCAAGAACUUGAUUUUGUAUGUUUUACAAGUAUUUUCAUCCUAUGAGGUAUAGUUGCUGUGCUAAUAAUGUGAAUUUUGUUGUAUGUGCAGUGUGAAGGUUUUUUUUUUUUUUUU